CGAACCGACAACCGUCUGGGCUUAGAAUCUCGUCAGGCCUGCGUCAGUUCGGGUCUCAGUUCCGUUAAUAAGUUAGAAAUUAUUUAAAUUCGUUUAUAUCAAAAUUAUACGUUGUUAUACCGCGUUUUACAGUCUUGAAUUCUUUGUUUUUUUUUUUUUUUUACCAAUAAACCAAAAACAGCUAAGAAUUCUCAACAAUGGGUGAAGAAGGCGGCGGUGGCGGUGGUGGAAAGGGCGAUCUUAAGUCCUUUCUCAUGGAUUUUAUGAUGGGCGGCGUUUCGGCGGCGGUUGCCAAAACAGCUGUGGCGCCCAUUGAGCGCGUUAAGCUACUGCUGCAGGUGCAGGAGGUUUCCAAACAAAUUGCAGCGGACCAGCGUUACAAGGGCAUUGUCGAUGCUUUUGUUCGCAUUCCCAAGGAGCAGGGAUUCGGGUCGUUUUGGCGCGGUAACUUGGCCAACGUUAUACGUUAUUUUCCCACACAGGCCCUGAAUUUUGCCUUCAAGGAUGUGUAUAAAACGGUUUUCCUCGGAGGCGUUGACAAGCAUAAGCAGUUCUGGCGUCACUUUGCGGGCAAUUUGGCCUCUGGUGGUGCAGCCGGUGCAACGUCCUUAUGUUUUGUUUAUCCCCUGGACUUUGCAAGAACCCGUCUGGCCGCCGAUGUGGGCAAAGGAGGCUCUCGGGAAUUCAAUGGCCUUAUCGAUUGCCUGGUGAAGGUGAUCAAAAGUGACGGCCCCAUUGGUCUCUAUCGUGGCUUCAUCGUAUCUGUACAGGGUAUCAUUAUCUACCGUGCCGCCUACUUUGGCUUUUACGACACAUGCCGCGAUUACUUGCCCAAUCCAAAGAAUACACCCUUCUAUGUGAGCUGGGCAAUUGCCCAGGUGGUGACCACCAUAGCGGGUAUUGCCUCCUAUCCAUUCGAUACGGUGAGGCGUCGCAUGAUGAUGCAGUCGGGCCUAAAGAAAUCGGAGAUGAUUUACAAGAAUACAGCCCAUUGUUGGAUGGUAAUUGCCAAGCAGGAGGGUGUGGGUGCCUUCUUCAAAGGUGCAUUCUCCAACGUUCUCAGAGGCACGGGCGGUGCUCUCGUGUUGGCACUUUACGAUGAAAUGAAGAAGUACUUUUAGUCCCGAUUUCUGGUCAAUAGUAGGAAGCUGGAAUUGGAAACAGCCGGCGGACCAUCAGUCGCGUGUCGUCACGAAGCCAAAUACCAUCGGUCAUCAUCAGCUCAAACAUCUAGUCAACGCACCAGCCCCACCAUCACCACCAGAAGCAGCAGGAUAAUCAUCUGCACCCACCAAAUCAGAGAUUGCUGCUUCAAGGAAGUUGAGAGAUGGAGACCACUGAGACCCUGGGGCGCUGCGAGAUCUUUGGUUUUUGUUCAUGGUCAAAAUUAUAAAGUGAUUUUGAGAAAAUACAAAUAUUUUAUUGAACUUAA